UGUAGAAUCAUUCUUUUUCAGGGUAUUUAUGUUUUGGACUAUUUCUGGAAUGAAGCCUGGUAUUUGAAAACCAUUGAUAUCUGCCACGAUCACUUUGGAUGGUACUUGGGCUGGGGAGACUGCGUUUGGUUGCCUUACCUCUACACUCUGCAGGGCUUAUAUUUGGUUUACCACCCUGUGCAGCUCUGCACAGCUAAUGCCAUCGGGAUCUUGGCGUUGGGCUUGGCUGGCUAUUACAUCUUCAGAAUGACAAACCACCAGAAAGAUCUCUUCCGCCGUACCAAUGGCAACUGCAAGAUAUGGGGCAAGAAGCCCGACUACAUUGAGUGCUCCUACAUGUCUGUGGAUGGGACCAAGUACUACAGCAAGCUGCUGACCUCGGGGUUCUGGGGGUGGGCACGCCAUUUUAACUACACUGGAGAUCUGAUGGGCUCCCUGGCCUACUGUCUGACCUGUGGGUUUGAACACAUCUUGCCUUACUUCUACAUUGUUUAUAUGACUAUUCUGCUAACUCACCGUUGCAUUAGGGACGAACACCGUUGUUACAGCAAAUACGGGAAAGACUGGAAACGCUACACUGCUGCAGUGCCCUACCGGCUCAUACCAGGGCUGUUUUAAGGCUGACACAGAAGCUGAGGGAAAUAGACUUUCUUUUAAAUGAAAAGAGCUUAUUCGCACAGUUGAACUAACAAAAAUAUGUUGCAAAAGACACCACUCUCUGGGGAACGAAAGGUGCCUGGAAGACUAUCUUUAAUGUACUGAGGGAACGUAAACAGGCAGACUGUUUAAAGAAAAUGAAACGAGGCAGAGAAUUGGCCUUUUUAAUAGAUCUCCAGAAAGAUCUGUUUUACCAGGAAUGUAAGACUGCCGAGAUUUGUAAAACUGAAAUUGAUUUACCUUGGUUUAAAACCAGUGGGAACACGUAGCAAAAACUUCUGAUAAUUACUUGGAGCAGUAAAGAAGUUGAAAGUGUGGUAUUUCAAUACACUGACUUGGGACUAUUGCAGGGAGAAAAAUACCAAAGCCAAUGAGCAAGGUGCAACAGGCUGGGCACGCUCCA